CAGUGAAAGUGCUGGCUGGCAGAUUCUCCUUGUGUGAACCCUUACUCUGCGCAGUGAGAGUUUGCCGCUUUGCUUCCGUCCUGUCCCACACUGACUCAGCUGUGAAGCCAGCCGCCCAGCCACUGGAGCAGCAUUUUCCACAUGAGUUCAUUUGGAGGUUUUCAAGAGGCUUCAUAACUGUAGCUGCCUUAUUUGGGACUUCAGCCUCCAUAUUUUAUUCUACACAUCUCCAAAGCAUAGCUGAGCUGAAGGACAUUCCUGUAUCAAAGUGAGCCAGGGCUGGAUCCUGCAACACCAUUUGCCUCGGACAAAGCCAGCUGCCAUGGAAGUCCGGUGGAUUGGGGUUGAACCCUCCAAGCUGGGCUCUCCAUAUGCAGCCUUCACAUUGCUGCUUGGUGUUUGGUCUGCUCAGGGCCUGGAAAUGUCAGUAGGGAAAGUUCCCUUCUUGGAAGCAGUGAACGGCAGCACAGUCAUGUUGCCUUGCACGUAUGCCAGCUGUAUUGGCAUCAAAGACCUCUACUUUAACUGGCAAUACAACGAUAACGGCACAAUGCAAAAGGUGUGCGAUGCUGUGAUACCAACAGAGGCCGUGGAACCAAAUGUAAAUAUAUUUAAAGACAGAGUGGAGUUUAUAGGAAAGAAUCAUAAGAAUAACAUCUCCAUCUUGAUAUGGAAUAUAACCUUCGAGGACGGAGGCCUGUACACGUGUUUUGGGCGUAAUCCAAAAGAGAAGAACAAAAAUCACAGUGCGGUCUUCCACCUUAUUGUGGUGGAUGAGUUGAGGGUGGUGGACAACACGCUGACCAUCAUUAUAGCCUCGGCUGUAGGUGGAACCAUCGCGUUCUUGAUGGCCUUCAUGUUACUCAAGAACCUUACUCUGUUUGUUCUUGCCAAACUUGAGGAGAAAAAUAAGGAGUGCCUUGUAUCUUCAUCAGGGAUCGACAACACUGAGAACGGCCUCUCAGGAUCCAAACCUGAUUCUAAACCAACGCCAAAAAAGAAAUGAGGCGGGGCUUGUAAAACAACCAGAGUACUCAGACUUAGGUCAUAUUUGCAGACUAAAGGGAAAUGUGUUGACAGGUCAUUACGUCUCAUUUAAGAACUCUGGCUAUGAAAUUUGAAAGGGAAAAUAUACAUUUGCACACAAUAAUGCCAAAUGUGCUCUAAGUGAUAACAGUGGAAAUGAUAUACAACUUAAGAUUGUGCAAAUAUUGAAUGUAACAUAUUUAUUUAAAAUGUCCACAUCAUUUGUACACAUUCAUGUUGUUCGCAGCUUAAGUUAUAAUUUUGGGCUACCACAGAUAAUUCAGUCAAACUUAUUCAGGUGGUUUACCAAAACAUAAGCAACUAAACAUUGCAGCAAGUGAUUCUAGUAUAUGAGAUAAGAUAUUGAUUCAUAUAGAAGGUGUAAAAUCAGGUCUAACAGACCUAUUUCAUGACAAAAAUUAUAAACUGAAAUAAGACAGAAACUGGUGUAUUAAGGCCCCCUUCACACUGAAUUAGGAGCACUCUAAGGUCUUUAUAAUCUCAAACAAUUUGAAAUGUCACUGGAUCUCGACUACUUUGGAAAAACUAAUUUCAGUAUGAAGGCAGUCGUAACCUACUGCAAUCUUAGUACUUGUCAAAUAAGGUUUUCCCUACUGCUUUAAAAAUUACAGCUAGGAUAUUUCCUCACAAUCUGAGGAACUUACCUUCAUAUAUUAGAGGUUUCUGCACCUCCGUUAUCACUUUCAUCAUUGCUGUAGAGGAGUAUUUUCAUCAGCUUAUCAACACAAUUUGUUUUACUGAGCACUGUGAACUCUCAAGCCCACCAUCCUUUACAUCCUGAACUUUAAUUUAGCCCAGCGCUCUGUGCGCUUUGGGGCAGACAGAAGUUAUCAUUGACACACAAUCUAAAAUCAAUUUUAAAAACUCAUCACUUUAAAAUGAUCAUGCAAGUGCUUUGAAGCCUGAGCUAAGUCUUCAUGAGCCAUGCAGUUACCUUAAAAAAGUAAUUAGUUAUAGUUACUAGUUACUUCUCCCAAACGUACCUCAGUUAGUAACUGAGUUACUCUGCUAUAAAAAUAACUAGUUAACAGCGAAAGUAACUAUUGCGUUUCUAUUUUUGUUUUUAAAUAUUUCUACAAAUUUUGAUUUUUAUCUAAGAUUUCAAAAGCCAGUUGCAUAAAGUGGAAUUACAUAGACAUGUACUUUACCUCACAUAUACGUUCUUGCCUUUUACCUCAAGGAAAACAAAUUAGUCUGUACUUCCACUUUGAAAACGCAAUUUUUCCCUCCAGACCCGUCAUUGUUGCAGCUUACAUCUGUUAGUUUGCUUGAGCAAGGCUGCCAUGUGCGUUGGUGAUUUGUGUGUAAACUGAACACUGUCUCUGAUUGGCUUACCAUGAAAGCAUACUCUACCUUAGCCAAUCAUCAUCACUUAUGUGAUAGUCUUGCCCCUCACUCUUCCCUUCACCACAGAAAAAAAGCUUAGCUCCUGUGGCUGUGAGCGACAGAUGACAUGAGCUACAAUGAAUAGCUUUAGUUUAUAGCUCGCCCAAUUUAAUUGUCGAUAACGGUAACAGCAUUGUUACGCUGAAAAAAGUAAUUUGUUUGGUUACUCGUUACUGAAAAAAGUAACGCCAUUUAUUUUAACGUCGUUAUUUCCAUCACUGGUAAUAAAUUACUCGUUCUGAUCCUCUUCGUCACUGUCAGCUGUCACCUCAUUGACAGUUUGGCAAACAUAUUUUUAAGACAAACUGGGACUUGAAACUUCCCUCAAUCUCCUUUAGCAAUUAGCCAUUACAUGCAAUUGGAGAUGUGUGGUCCUCCCCUGCUGGAGAAGUGAUAAUGAUGCUGCAUUUAUUGCCGUGGAUUUUAAGAGAUGCGUCCUGCAGCCGCUUGCUGAGCUAUUCUUUUUUAUUAAGCCACAGCAGUAGAAGCAGUACAGGAUUUCAGCUGCUCCACUCAGAGCAUGACAUUAAAUCAUGCAGCUACCUGGCUGAACCAAGGGCUAAGAUAUGUUACCAACAUGAUAACAAACCACAACAAUCAUAGGAGUUUCAGCAUGCUCAGAUACACAGCAGUCAAGGAACUCUCAAGCUCCAUCAUGUACAGUUAUUAGUGUACUGCCCUUUUGCCUCUCCAGAACCCCGCAAAGAACAUAAAUGUCAUGAAUUUUUUUAUGUGAUGGUGCAGUUAGUCAAGUGCGAUGGAGCCCUACUGAUAGACGCAUUCCACUUUGCACUGGGGCGAAGGUGGAAUGCAGCUCUCCUUAAUACACCUGUUCUUGUGCUACCUUUUCAGCUCAAAUGUCUACUAAAUAGACGUAUUGGUCAAAUUUAUAGUAUAGGGCAAUGAAGAUGCCAUACAGUUGAGAACAAAUCUUACUUGGGUAGUAGUAAAUGACAUAAAACUCAAGAAACAUGAAGUUUAACUGAAGUAAGAAUUACUUCCGUUAAAUUUAAUUGGUAUACAACAAAUCCACAUUAUAUUUCAUUUAAACUGUUCACGUAACAGCAACAAACAAAUGAUGUCCUCAUUUUGUCAUUAAUGGUGAGAGUUUUAACUGAUGUAAGUUGUUAAAAUUCUUAGCUUCAUGAGUAAAAAAGAAAAACAAGUUGUAUUGCAUUUGCCACAGUUUUCCAUUUGUUUCCAACAAAUAUCCACUCAGGCUGUAGCUUCUACCAGUGUAAGCAUAAAAAAUGAACUGUUCUUUAUCCAAAGUCAAAACAAAAAAAUGUCUUUCUUGAAUUGCUUGAGGCUGAGAAAAUGCAAUACAAUUACAGCUGGGAUGAAAACCCUUAUAAUAUAAUAAACACCAAAUCACACAUACUAAUAAGAUGUAGUUUAAUCAGAUAACUCUGUUGAUAUUAAGUAUUUUUCUACACAAGCUAGUCAUUUCUUUAGUUUUAGUAAAAGAAAGAGGGCUUCAAGCAGUUCUAAUGCAUAUAUCACACUCAGUUUUGUAGGUUUCUUCAUCUCGUUCCUCCUCCUUGCUUGAAAAGAACACGUGUCUGUUAAAGCAUACAAACUCUUGUAUUUAGUAGGAUAGCUAAGAAACUGCAAAACAGUUAUUAAAACUUUAGUAAACUGUUACAAGACAAUAAGCUUUUACAUCAAAAUGAUAGACAAUCUCCAUAGACAAUCCUCCAAUAUUUAAAUAACUGAAUACCAUUUAGAAGAUGCUGCUUUUCAAAUAAAUUACUAAUGCAAUAUUGGCAUGUGCAACAUCGCCAGAUUUUAAAACUAAUGCUUAAAUGCAAAAAUAUUUUUUAAAAAUACAUUAAGAAACACAUAUUCUCAUAGUAACACUGGCAGUGGUAGGGCUGAAGUUAAUUGUAAACCAAUUUCAAGCUACGCUAAUCCCAUUAAGCUAUUGAUCCAAGUCUGAACAGACCACAUCCUUACACUUUAAAAUCUGCUGGGUUAAAAACAACCCAAUUAAGAUUAUGCUGCCAACUCUGUCCUGGGUUAAAUAUGGUCUGAUCCAAUGCUGGGUUGAUCAAAUGCACCAGGGUUUGGUUAUAGGUCUGAAUUAUCAAACCAAAAACCAGAAGUUACCAACUCAUCAUUAAUGAAAGUAGUUUGUGACCAUCCAAAAUGUUGCUAUUACAUCAUCACCUAAUUUGCCAUAUAAUUGUAAUAGGUAUUGUAGGAGAGAGGAAAAGCACUGAGAACAAAUGAGCAAAAUACUAGAGUAAGGACAAUAGUGUUAGAUGAUAAAUGUUAAAUUUGUAGCCGGAUGCAUUAAAAGAAACAGCUAAAUAACAAGAAAAUCACACCGAUGGCAAACACUACCCAAAUAUCAGUUAAAGAAAGCCUGUCUAUAUUGACUCUGUGACUGAUUGUUUGUUAAAAGUGUGGACGUUGACAUAGCACUAGCUAGUGCUAAUUACUUAGCAGUUAAAAGGCUAAUGUAAUCCUAAAUGAACAAAGGCAUUCUCUAGUGUGAACUAAAGUCAUUAGUUUAAACUAAAUACAUUAAUACAGCAUCUUUUUGUCAUCUUACCAUUUCUUAUUUAAUCCUGUGGAAGAGAUUCAGAGAAGUCUGAUUAGGUCGUUGUAUAAUUAAAAAUUAUGCUUUGUGAAGAGUGAUGAGGUUCCUUCUAGUUUCUUCUCUAAAUGUCCUAAAAGGGUUACAGUUUUUGACCCAAUAUUUGGUUUAAACAACCCAAGUUCUGUCUGAGCAGCAAUAACCUAUGGGGUGCAGUCAAAAAGUGACAAAAGUAUUUUGAGUUAUUUAGCCUGUCAUCAGAUUUUCACCAUCUCAUUCAUAGAUGUAUAAAUGUCUCAAGCUAAAUACUUAGCUGCUAACUAAAUAUUUAGCUCCAAAUUAAAUAUUUAGUUGACAAACUAACAUUAACUUCCAUGUCAAAAAUUUAGCUUACAAACAAAAUAUUUAGUUUAACUAACAAAAUAAAUAUUAAGUUAUACAACUAAAUAUUUAGCUUGCUAAUUAAAUAUUUAGCUUGUAAGAAAAACCAUUCAAUUUUCUAAUUAAAUAUUUAGUUUGGAACUAAAUAUUUAGCUUACAAAAUAAAUAUUAAGUUAGAAAACAAAAUAUUUAGCUUGCUAGCUAAAUAUUUAGUUUGUACCUAAGUAUUUAGCCUGUUAACUAAAUAUUUUGUUUGGAACUAUGACAUUUAUAAAUAUAUGAAUGACAUGGUGAAAAUAUGACUUUGAGAAAAUAACCCCCAUUUUGUUUUUAUCUUUGCUGUCAAUGUUUGACUGUGUAGCUUUAUAAAUGGCUCCCAAUAAUAACCCAGCAGUUUUUUGUUUGUAGUAAGGGGAUUGAUAAUAAUAAAUAAAAAAAUACUAUCAAAUGCAUUUCUAAUUUAGAACAAACAUUCUUACCUGCAGCUCUGUAUAGAAAAAGACUGGCCUGGCUGUCUUCUGCAUGCAUGUAGAAAGCAAGCACCUGUAAACUAAAUGUUAGUGGGUUUAUUGAUGACUGAAAAAUCCAACAGCAGGCUGAGUGGAGGGGUUUAUAGUUUAUAGUUCACGAAUACUGCGCAAGGACACAAGGAAGGUGAUGAUCUCAUUGUAGCUGCUUGUGCCAGACAGGAAGGCUUUCAAUAGAGCUUUGCUUCAAGAGGAGACCCGAACUCUGCAAAGUAUACCUGUGGCUAUAAAAUAAAUACCUUGAGCUCAAUAAAUUGAGAGUAGUGUGCAUGUUAACUUCCAUCCUAUCCUUAAAAGUUGAUAAAAAUACAGUACUGUAAAUUAAAAUGCAUUUUUCAGAUGUUUUCUGAAAAACAAUAUUGUGCCUCAACCUUUAAAUACUUGCUUGAAGCAAUAUAUUUUAACCGGGUAUUCUGGACUCUUUAAGAAGAUGUAUAUUUUUGUGUAUGUUUAAUCAAAAUCGGAUGAGUACUCCACAUUGUUCAUGCAAGAGCAACAGCAAAAACAAAAACAAACAGCACAAAAAAGAGACUUCAUGUGAUAUUGUCAGUGGAGGACUACCAACAGGUCUGCUCUGUUUUAUUUUAUAUUUUCUCGUUUUUGUGACUGCUUCCAUGUUACAAACAUCCAAAAAUUACUUCAAAAUGCUUGUUUGGGCAUGGCUAAAAGGUAAAGCUUUAAUGCUCCAGCUAAAGGGAGAAUAAAUGGUGACAGGAUGAUUUGCUUUGGCUCAGUUUGAUUGACAUCAUACACAGCCAUGCAUCCUGAAAAUCAUCUAAAUUGCAAGAAACAAUUAAAGAAAAAAGGUAGGGGCACCUAUUCAACACACAAUUGUGCCAAGUCCGUACUGUGUGCACAUACAUAAGAAGCAAUAGAAUGUUCAAGGUGCGACUGAAAGAUAAAGAAGUAAUUAUUUUUUAUGACCCUCCUGUGCCCCCUUUCUAUUGCCCCCUGGGGUAACCCAUUUCUAAACCACCACUGGAUGCUGUCACUGCUGGCAACCCUUUCAGUUAAUCAAACAUAAAACUUAUUCACUAAUAAAGUAAAGCAAUUAGCCCUUAAGCCUAUUUAUUUAUGUAUUUAAUGUCACUUUAAGGAAGAUUAAUGAUCUUUGCUAGUUAGCUCUUGUUUACUAGGUCAUAGAUCUGUUCAGUUCCCAGUAAGAAAGCCAACUUAAGAUGAUCUUCAAAAAUAAAGACCCUAGAAAGAAACAUGAGACAGAAUGUCCUCUUUUGCAGAGACACUUCACCCGUCAGUAGGAGAAAUGGCUGCAGUCCAAAAGUCCAGUUUUAACAUUAUGGGUUGUGCUGUGACACCGGAAACAUUUAAAAAUAUUUUGCCAAAUUAUAUAGAUUUCAUAGCAAGAGUUAAUCCAAAGUAUGGAGGGUGAGUUUUUUUUAUUAAAAGAUUGGUAUUUGUUUGAAUUGCAUUUCACAAACUCACAUAUUAAGCUUUUAAUAAAGCCGUCAGUGUGUCUGAAUGAGUGUGGCAGUAAACGCCUUUACAUGCAACUCUAUGCAAAUGACAGCAGGACCACUGAUUUACUGUGUCAGUGUUGUAAGAGAUACAGCAGUAGUUACCACAGAUCUGUGAGUUGUGGUGAUGGCAUGCAGACUUGACCCAGAGCCCCUGAACUGGAUCAGAACCUGAGGAGCCUGGGGACUCAGUUUCUUCUCUACCACUGCUCUCUGGACUCAAACAUACAGCUGUAAUGCUCUGGCCUGCACUUAAAUGAAGUUACUGUUUCCAACAUCUUUUCCAUGCAUAUCAACUCUUUGUUCUAAACUAAUAAAGUUUUGAAUAUUA